GCGUUGGGCCGGCAGAAUGGCAGCUUUAACCACCCGCCUGGUGGAAUACCCGCACCCUGCCGCUCAUUGAAGGGUCUAGCGGGGACGUCGUGGCGAUGGUAUCAUGGUCUGGUGUUCCUGCAUAGUACAGUAUGUAUGCGCUCGUACAUUUCUAUGGUUCCUUGGCAGGUACGGUUGUGAUAUGAUACCGGGGUGUAGCCAUUAGAAUGGAGGUACACAGAUCAGCAGAGUUUGUUAAAUACCCUUCCGAUGCCUUCCACUCCCGUUUCCCUCGCCACACACACGCUCGUGAACAUUCCUUCCUUUCUUCCUUCCUUCAGCCUUGACGGUUUUCCAUAUAUAGUAUCUACACUCCUUACGACAUAACUGUCCCUCUGAGAGGUUCCGAUAGUCCACCGAGAACAUAUAGUACACCCGUUCAGAAUGUAUAUGUUUGCUAUCCUUCUCGCCGUGCUCCCCACGGCAUUCGCCCAUCAGGGACUCUGGCACCCAUCUGUUUUUGGCUUUAACGGUGAUGGCUAUAGUCUUGUUGAGCCGUUGGCUGGAAAGUCUUUUGACCAGUGGUGGUUUCACGGUAUUAUCCAUGCUCCCCAAGGGUGUCGACCAUGACUGAUAGUCUUUGUAGGAAACUUGAACCAGAAACCCACUGGACAACCCAUGUCUCUCCCUGCUGGUGGAACCGCAACCGUGGAGAUCGCCUGUAACAAGGACUUCACAUCCUACGGUACGAAGAGUGAUGGCAGGGAUGCUUGUCCCACCGAUAGUAAGUCCUCAUGGCCCACUGCGGGCCGUCGUCGGCUAACGAUAAGCCAGCUCCGUCAUAUCACGCCGGCACUCCAAUUGACCCGAAGCAACUCCUUGGGUGUGGUCUCGCCAUCGCCUAUAAGGACGAUGCUACCCAAGUGCAGCCAGAGGACUUUACCAUCUUCUCGGUAAACGAUCGAUGUGUCGACGGACUCAAACAGAAUUUCCCCGUCCCAGCCCAGAUGCCGGAUUGCCCCAAUGGAAAGUGUAUCUGUAGCUGGUUCUGGCAAGGGCAGGACUCUGCCAACGAAAUGGUGACCCCCGCUCCCUUCCCCACAAUUCUUGCUUUGAUGGCGCUAAUGGAUGAGCUCAGUACAUGACCGCAUUCGAGUGCAAGGUUGACGGCGCGACUGGAACCACUCCUGUCGGGAAGCCCGUCCCACCCAAAUACUGCCCCAGUGGUUCCGGCUGCGUCUCAGGGCCCAAGCAGCCAAUGUACUGGGCCAACGACCGUUCAAACGUGCAGUUCAGCGGAAACUUUGAUGAGAAGCCAUCCUACAACGCCAAGUGGGGAUUCAAGAACGGUGCUCAGGACGACAUCUUUGGUGGCACUAGCGGUUCCAAUCCUGGUCCUGCCGCUCCUGCCCCUCCUACUACGGAUCCUACUCCUACUACGCUUCUCACGGUCACUACCAAGCCAACACCUACCACUGCUCCCUCUACCGGCGGUGGUGCCUGUGAUUGGCCCGGACAUUGCGCCGGAGCUAGCUGUAAAAGUGAUGACGAUUGCUCGGAUGUUCUUGCUUGCCGGGGUGGGCGGUGUGCCUCUCCUUAAGCUUCUUGUUCAAGUCUGAGAUCUGGGAAGGGGUAUUGUGGAUUUUUUUUUGCGCGGGCGCGCUUUGUGUUAUACUUAAAUACUUGUAGUUAUGACUGAAUGCCAGCAUAGAUUUUAUCACUUCGUUUAUCCCUGUUUUUGGUGUUGAUGUGCUGUAGUUUCACCCAUGCCGAUGGUCUUCAUCGCUGGUCCGAAUACCCAUGUUCCCUGGUCGGGGAUUCGCACUGAUAUUGGGAGGCCAAAAUCCCCUAUCAAAAAAAUUCUUUGAUAUUUGCUACAGCGCCAAGAAGCCCAACAGGGAAGACAAGAAGCCGCCAAUAGGGAGAUACAAGCGCUGCCGGUUAACCUACAAUUCAACCAUCAUCAGAUCCCGAACCGACGCCUUAUGAUAAAGCUUAUGCGACUCGAGCCAACCUAAAUCCGACCUUCCUACUUUUCCUAUUAUAAAGUUUUGGAGAAACGAGGAUACCGUGACCCCCCCCCCCCUAUGCCUAUCAAUAUGCAGCAACCAAACACGGAGAAUAUCCCAAACCCCACGCGCCACCGGCCACCAAGCGCCAAGCAGUGAAGACGUCUGUCGCGGUUGUCGAAAUAGCACACCAUGCGAGAUGUGAGAUCGAAAAUGUGAGGAUGGCAAAAGAUUUAGAGCAUAUGGAGGAUGCAAGACAGAUGUAGUUGCCAUUCCAUCAAAAAUCUCACGGCCUCUACCACCUGAGACCAUAGCCAUUUACUGCACCUAUGAGUGGUAUCUAUAUGCAAUGACAUGGAUCCCGACAUUCCGUUUCCAAUGUUACUAUUGUAGUAAUCAUUUUCAAUAUCUGGCACAAAAAAAGUAUUCGAGUGAUAUUUUAAGAUGGAGGUCCGAAAGUGGUGUCUUGGGUGGCUAUCCGGGCCGUUUUGGGGACCUUUUUUUUUUGAUCCCUUUGAGCAAGCUCCGGUC